AUUGACAGUGCUACUGAGAACAAGGUAAGUUUACAGUGUGGAGUCUACAGAUAAAGGAGAAACCAAGUGACAGUGGAAAAAGCAACCAGUGUACUGCAGUGAAUCUCUUCACCUCCAGCUCAAUUUCUCUACCUCUCACAUUGAAGAUGAAGUCUGUCUGGGCAUUGGUUUUCUUGGCAACGUGUGCACUGGUGGUUGUGUCUUUUCAGGCUAUACAGCAGGAGAUUAACAUUCGCAAAAUGAGAAAUAUGAUGCUUUCAAACGCUCAAGAGGUGAAGAAAAAUGAGGAUGCAAUCCUGAGUUCCAAAACGGAACUGCAGAAACUAAGCGUUCAGCUAGUUCCACUGGACAAGGAGAAAAUUCAGUUGUCAAAGAAGUUGGAAGACCUGGUGAAAGAGAAAGAAAUCUCUGAACAGAACAUGAACACCUGUCAAACACAGAAGCAAGAAGCCGAGCAGCAUAGGUCAGAAAAAACUGUAGAAGCCGAUGCACAAAAAACAAAUCAGAAUGGUGAGAUACAGAAAGUGCAGGAAGAGGUCCAGAGUUUGCAGAAACAGAUUCUGGACAGAGAUACAAAGAUCUGUUUGUAUGUGGAUAAAGAUCGGGAAGAGGGAAGGGCGUUGUGUGUGGACAAAAUGCCUCCCAGUUAGUCAUAAAAAGGAUAAAAAGGAAAACCAGGAACAUAUAUAGUUUGAUCCAUAAAUAAUAGAACAAUAAAAACUGAUCAUGUUUUGCACUUGGGCUACUCUGAGGACUGCUCCUAUGUGUUUUAGUGUGGAUUGUAGUUUCCAAGUACAGAGAUUAAAUGACGGGUUUUAUGCAUUGUUACAUUUUGAAUUGUUGUACACAUGGCAAAAUAAAUACAUACUCAGCAAACAUGAA